UUAGUUGUUAAAACUAGAUAUAAUACAGUAGUUAGAACUGAACAUAGCAUGUUGUUAGAGUUGGAUAUUAGAGUUAAACAUAGCAUAGUUGUUAGUGCUGAAGUAGCAAGGUUGUUAGAGCUAGAUGUAGUACAGUUGUUAGAACUGAACAUAGAUGGUAGUUAG